AUGAAAAAUGUGUUUCAUACUGUGGGCCUAAGCAUCUCUGGGCUCCAAUGCUUUGUUUCUGUAGCAGAGUUUGGUGGUGAAUGUCCUGCUGACCCCCUUCUGUGUGAGGAGUUGUGUGAUGGGGAUGCAUCCUGUCCCCAGGGGCAUAAAUGCUGCAGCACUGGCUGUGGCCACACCUGUGUCGGAGACAUCGAGGGAGGGCGGGGCGGCGAUUGUCCAAAAGUUCUGGUGGGCCUGUGCAUUGUCGGCUGUGUGAUGGAUGAGAACUGUCAAGCUGGAGAAAAGUGCUGCAAGUCAGGCUGUGGCCGCUUCUGUGUCCCAGCAGUCCUGCCCCAAAAACUGACCAUGAGCCCCAACUGGACUGUGAGGUCUGAUUCUGAAUUAGAGAUCCCAGUGCCCUAGCUGUGCUGAUUUGUCUGGAACUUCUGUGGUAACUCUGGAAGCUUUCCCUGGCAGUCAAGAGAGGGUGACAUCCUGGGGCUUGUGACAUUUCCAAGGGCACUCAUGGCCCUCUCUGCUCUGCUUCUCCUCCUGCCGCUGACCAGAGCCUGGGAAACAGCCCUGGAUUGGGCAGUGGUGUGUGGUGCUUCUCUUUCCCAAUAAAGGCUGGUGCUGA